UGUUCGUGUGUGUGUGUAUGUGUAAAAUUGACGUUUCACAUAAGUGUAAACCAAUGUUUCAAAGAUAUAGUGUUUCGUGCUGUUCUUCGUCGAUUACUCUUGUUAUUGUUGUUGAUUUUUUCUUCAUUUUCUGUAUGUGAAGCUAAUAAUUUGCUGACGAAAUCUUAUCGAUGAGAUAUCAAGUGUUGUUAGAGUGAAACCGCACAAACCUAUCUCGAUGACAAGAUCUCAAUUUUCAUGUAACAUUCGAGCGGUGAUUCGAUUUAGAACAGUUUGUCAUGCGAAUGAAGAAUUGUGCAGUGGCCGCAGAAAAACAGACCAAGUAAACAGAAGACGCAUCACAAAACAAAACAAACAACACACCGAUGACAGUCGAUGUUUCCAUUGUUCAAUAGGCGAAUGCAUUUGGGAGAGUACAAUCAUGCGCGUUGUAUUGAAAUUUUAUCGAAAGAAGGAAUAGUCAUUUGCCAGUGUAUUUGUUAUCUAGUCCUCUCGUCCACACCAAAUUAAAUAAAACAUUUUAAAAAAGUGACGUGAUUUUAUGGGAAAAGGUGUGUGAGUGUGUGAAACACCUCGAUGUUAAAAUAUUAAAAAAAAACAAGGCGAUACACAAAAAUUUUCCACACUCAAAAAUUCUCAAUCAAAAUUGAAAGGCACAAUAACGCAUAUUUGCGUAUUUUUCGUCGUGUCUCAGUCUCUAUCUUUCCGCUCCGGUCACAAAAACAUGACAACAAACCAAUAAUCGAAAACUUAAUCACGCUAGUAAACACGGAUUGUACACAUAUAUCUUUCGUUGUUCGUUUUAUUUCUCGUGUGUUCACAUUCACCGACCGAUGCACAAAUUAUUAUUAUUGUUAUCACAAAGAAACAGUGUGUCCACGGCGUAGAAAUCAGCUAACUCAACUCACCUAAUUGAAUAAACAAAAGCUGGCGUUCGGAAACGGGAAACAUAAACGUCAACCGUAAUUGCAACAAUUACAAACGUUCAGAUUCCAUCAGUACGGAGUGGAUUACAGGCGAAAUAGCGAUAUCGCCAUGGCCAAGGAAAUGAUGAUUGUUUUUGUCUACGACACCGAGUGUUGUCAGAAAGAAGAAGACGAUCCAGCUGAUGCCGUUCUCUAUUUUCAUCCAACAUGGGUAUCGGACACACAGAAAUUUUCACUUUGCGGCCAACUCAUGGGCACCGUUCAUUUUCUACGCGAAACAUUUGGCACAGCCAACGUGAUUUCACUACAGAAUGGCAAAUUUGUACUCAAAGAAUUUGGACGAUUUGUUCUGGCGGUUGGAACCGACAGAAAUGUAAGCCAGUCACUGUUAGAGCAUCGAGCCGAAUUGUUGAGCUCAUUACUUCGAUUGUUCCAUUGUGAUAUUCAAACAAUUCACGAUCAGUUCUCCGCUUCCGGUCAAUAUAAAAAUAUUUCGGAGAAAUUAUAUCACAUAUUCGAAACGUAUCUACCAAUUUUACAGUACAAUGGAAACAUUUUCCAAAAUAUGCCGAUAUCAAAGUUGCCAAAGAGUGCAAGUAAUAUAUUCUUGGAAGCAAUACAUACGUUGCAGAGUUGUCAGCGUGCCAUUGGAGUAUUGGGUGGUGCAAUAUUGUAUCACAAUAAAAUAAUCGCCACGCAGCUGCACUCAAAGUUGGUGAAAAAUUUAAUUUUAACCGAUCCGCAUCGUAUAAAAUGCACGGCCGAAUCGAUUUCGGUGAAAUUUCAUGUGCCAGUUGGUUGUCAAUUGAUAACGAUUUACAUACCACAGAGUGAAUAUGAUGACUUAGUGCAAAAUUCCGAGCGAAUUCAGAUGAUGUGUGCCAAUCAAGAGAAUGUGAAUGCAACUGUGAAUGGAACAACGGCCGUUGUGAACGGUAUCAAUGCAUAUCCACCGAUUCAAUUCAAAAAGAAAAUUAUGAAACGCGAUAAAUCUAUUGUAUUCACAAAUAUUCCGGAGGAACAUGCAGAGCACACAGAGGUAGCAUCAACGAGUGAAGGCAGCAGUAAAAUGGGCGGGGAAAAAUCGAAUAAUGAAUUGAAAAACAAUGAGAAUCCAUUGAAAUUCACGCCACAGCCAGCGACCGUUCGUCCGAAUCAUUUGCCGUUGCGUUUUAAAAAUAUCACCUCAAAAGACAUUCCAGAGAGUGGUUUUAGCAGUUCAAUUACGUUCGAUGAACAGGACAGUUUUCCACAGUUUAUUGGACGCACGAGUGUGUGUUCGACACCGAUGACUGAAAACAAAGUAUUACACGGAAACAUUUUGCCCAUUUGUGCUAAUCCGUUCAACGAAAAAAAUGCCAUUCCAAAGGAUAAUAGCUCAAAAUCGAUCAUAGUCAAUGAACCGCCACCUCCACCACCGCCAAUCGUAAACAAUCAGGUCUCACCAAAAGAAAAGAAAACUGUCAAUCAGGAAAAACCCGAAGGGAAAUUCUUCGAAGUAUCCGAUCGCUUCCUUAGUAACACAGCCGGCAAUCCAUUUGCACAGCAAGUGCGACGCAAUUCACUGGUUGAUAUCACCGAAGCAUUUCGAAAGUUCUCCAAACACUUAUCUUUGCGCCCGAUCAGCACUGGCUUCGCCAAUUUCAUGGACGAAUGUGACUAUAUUGCCGAUGGCAAAAUCUAUUCGUAUGGAAAGGUAGAUGGCGUACAGGAUGACCUGAGCAUCGAUUAUGAUGCCGAUGUUAUCGAUGAUGUUGUACCAAAUAAUCGAUAUCGAACUAUCACUGAUCCAACAUAUCCAGUAUUCAAUAGCCUUGGCAAACCAAUAUCACGGUUUCUCUUCGACGAAAUCGUCAAUCAGCAAAACAAGAACGAAAUCAAUGCGAAGAAUUUGAACGUUAAUUUCAAUUCGUUCGAUGAGCAGCCGCAAACCAUUCGAAAUGACUUGAAAUCGGCGGAUAAUGAGAUGAAAGUGGAAAAAGCGAUAAAAUCACUGGAAAAGUCACCAAUGCCACCAAACAAUAAUAUCAAUCGAAAAUCAUUGUCGUUGCCGUUGAAAUCGUUGACGAAUAAUGGUGAUGCAAAAAAUAACAUCAACACGGCCAUUGUGCCCAGCGACACAGCGAACACGAAGAGUAUCUUCGAUAAACCAGAAGAACGACGAAAAUUAACCGGCAUUCAGUUGACGCCAUUGAUAACGAAACUAUCCAUUUUGGCCAUGAGCGAAGAUCGCUCAAACUCAUUUUCCACAUGGGACACAACGCCCGGCAUUGAGCUGGCCACACCACUUGAUAGUGGUAAAUUAUUCCGACGAAGAUCUUCAGUGAAAGCAGACGAAACUGACCAAGUUCGGGGCUCCAUCGAAACAAAAAGCUCUUCCGAAUGCUCGAACGAUGAUGGAGACUUGAGGAAAGUAGAACUGUUUAUUUGUGGCCAAAAUAAUAUGACCAUGCUAUUGGUGAUUAAGGAGAACUUCGGCCAAAAACAUGAACACAUUCAAGCAAUGUUCGAUGUUUGUGUGUCGAAAUUACCUCGAUUAGAGUCGAAUCUGAAUCAAAUUCUCAAUGUGAACAUGAACGGCGACAAAACGGAUGGCGGCUACAGUUUCUUCUGUGUUGAUCAAGAAUGGGACACUCUAUCUCGGGGUGGCCCAUGGUCUAGUAGCGACUUGAAUUCCCUUGAGUAUGUUCGCGACGAUCUGCAAUCGAAUCCGAAAUUGCAUAGUAUUACAGUGAGAGGUGACGAAUCAGUGAUUUAUGGUCACCGAAACAUUGGAUCAAAUGUAUUUUACAAGCAAUCGGCUCAGUCGCUAUGUGGGCUCCCGGCUCCCGUUGAUACGAUGGGCACUAUAUCGAAGCAUGCUCGUCGGUCGCUUGAACGUGAUCAUUCAGUGAUUCUGUUCUAAAUUAAUCGUUUAGAAUCUAGAGAAAACUCAAACAGUAAAAACGUUCCUUCUUUUUGCAGCAAUUUUACUUUUUUAUUAGAGAAUUUUGCCAGUACUCGUGUAAUCACAAACGCAGUUUUUUUUAAUGUGUUAAGCGUAUAGUUGUUACUUAAAGCUUUUUGUGGUAAUUUAACCCUAGUUCUUAAAUGUGAUACAAACAUUUUAUUUUUUACCUAGAAGCAAAUGUUGGAUUUUAAAUUUCAUUGAUGAAAGGAAAGAGAGAAAAAAAAAACACGGAACAAAAUGAAAUUCUAAAUUGAGCAUAAUUCAAUUUUAAGUGGUUGGAGACCAUUUUAGUAUUAUUCAUGUCUUUGAAAUGUUCAAAGAUCAAGCCAAAAACAUUAUCGAGUGAUAAUAAUACUUCAAAUGAAUGAAAUAAUGAUUUUACAAAAUAAAACUGAAAUUAUUGCAAUAAAA